CGCAGCUCAUCCCAAGAACAUGGACGCAGAGUGGACCGCAUCGGCACUCUUCUCGCCAUCGAAAGCCAGAGUACAGCAAGCACAAGCAAAGGACUGGGCCGCCGUCGAAGCCUGGCUCGUCAAGAAAUACGGUUCUCGCGUGCCCCCUUUCGAGAGAAAUGAAGACACCCUGCAAGCCCUUCUCACCCUGGCCAAUCUGAACGAGAGUGCGGACGAGCAGCGAAGUCAAGCUGAGCGCAUCGAAAAGGCGGCACAUUCAAGUCUCACUCGCAAACAAGGUAGUCUUCACGAUGAGAUUAUGCAAGUAUUGCAAGCCGAGCUGGCAAAUGAAACCCAAUUAGACACGCUUGCCGAAGUAGCGGUAGCACUGGACUGCCCGCACAUCAACGUCCAAGAGAUUGCGCGUGAAAUCAUCACGUUGAACACUACCGAGUUCGAGAUGAAGCAGCAGCUUGCACGAGUGCAACAGCAAUUGGCCAAUAUGAAGCAGGAAACCAAGCGAAUGCGGACCUUGCUCGACGAAUUAUCUGGUCCUGAUUUUGAAGCACCUGCUGAUGUGGUGGACAACGCAACAGAGUGGGCAAGAACCACCAAGACUCUCAAAGCCAAGAUCGCGGAGUAUGACGAGCGACUGAGUGCUACCCGGCCACCUUCUUCGUCGACAAGUCUGGAACACAUAUAUCACAAAUCAAAUGAGCUGGAGAAGCAGAAGUCACGACUGCGUGAACUCGAGAACGAGCUGAAGGAGUUUAGGGAGCUACCUUCAGACGCGCGGUCUUCCCGCAACAGGCUUGAAGAAGCUCGUGAGCAGCUUAGGCAGCUCACUGCAAAGCGAGAUCUUCUCUUCGAAAACCUUGCCGAGAGGUGAAUGAUCGGUAGACAGGUCGACUCGCAUAGCGCUGCAUCCGAUCUUCUGCUCUCC